AAUUCGAGCAGCGCCCCGCGCAGCGCCCGGCCCGGCAAGGCAAGCUCCCAGAGCCGCCCUCUGCCCCCGGCCUCCUGUGCAGCGUCUCCGGCCGAGCAGGACGAGUCCCGGAGCUGCGCCAGGAGCCGAGCCGCUGGCGUGAGCCCCCCACCGUCAAGAGCCAGGGCAACGGUCCUGGUCGCCCGCCCGUGUUAGCCCCGGGAGGGGAAGCGACUGCACAGGCCGCCUGCGGAACCGACUGGGCCAAGCUGGAGGGGAUGCGGGGGUGAGUCCGGCUCUCCUCCCGCAAGCCGAAGGACGCGAGGACCGCCGGGGGAGGCCGGCCGCCCGGCGAGGCGCUGCUCCCUUGGCUGGAGGGGCGAUCCCUUGCAGGCGCCCCCUCCCAUGACUGCGGCGGGAGGCCCUGACCCUGCCCGCGGCGGCCAGCCCAUGGCGAGCCGCUUGUGAGGGCGCCGGGCGCGCCGGGCCGGGCCGGGCAGGGCCAUGAGUCUGGUGGGCGGCUUCCCGCACCACCCGGUGGUGCACCAUGAGGGCUACCCCUUCGCCGCCGCCGCCGCCGCUGCAGCCGCCGCCGCCGCCGCCAGCCGCUGCGGCCACGAGGAGAACCCCUACUUCCACGGCUGGCUGAUCAGCAGCCACCCGGCCGAGCUGUCGCCGCCCGACUACAGCGUGGCGCUCUCCUACAGCCCCGAGUACGCCGCCGCGCCGCCGGGCCUGGAGGCGCCGCACCACUACGUGGGCGGCGUGGCCCCCCCGGGCGGCGGCGGCGGCGGCGGGGGGCCUCCAGGCCUGGGGGGCGGCCCGCGGCCGGUCAAGCGGCGCGGCACGGCCAACCGCAAGGAGCGCCGCCGCACGCAGAGCAUCAACAGCGCCUUCGCCGAGCUGCGCGAGUGCAUCCCCAACGUGCCGGCCGACACGAAGCUCUCCAAGAUCAAGACGCUGCGCCUGGCCACCAGCUACAUCGCCUACCUCAUGGACCUGCUGGCCAAGGACGACGCCAACGGCGAGGCCGAGGCCUUCAAGGCCGAGAUCAAGAAGAGCGACGGCAAGGAGGACAAGCGCAAGAAGGAGCUGAACGAGAUCUUGAAAAGCACCGUGAGCGGCAACGACAAGAAGACCAAAGGCAGGACUGGCUGGCCGCAGCACGUGUGGGCCUUGGAGCUCAAGCAGUGAGCGCGGCGCGGACUGGCCCAGGGAGCCUGGAGGACUCGGAAGCCUCGAGCGAAGGGGCCGAGCGAAGGACCUGCGGUGGUGGUGGUGGUUUGGGAAUCGUCUGGUUUAUUUAUGUGCAAUUUCCCUCCCCUAAUCUCCCCCUUAAAAAUGUGGAUCUUGGAAGGAAAGCAUUCCAUGUUUGAAUAUAUGAAGAGGAAAACUCCGGCGUGGUAAGGGGUAAUGUGGUUUCCAUCGUUUUAUAUAUAUAUAU